AUGAAAGAAGAGAUACACGAAGCGCAUGCAUCAAUCCUAGAUUCUAUCUCUGGAUUCAUAUUCUUUGGCGUUCCUCAUCAAGGCUUGGCUAUCGAGUCACUCGUGCCCUUGGUCAAGAAUCGGCCGAACCGGAGUCUUCUUGAGUCGCUCAACAGAAACUCAGCACUCCUCCAACGCCUGGACAAAGAAUUCAACAACGUGAUUAGUGCAAGGAGACCGUCAAUUGUGUCCUUCUACGAAACGGAGAAGUCUCCCACGGCUGUAGAAGUGAAUGGCAAGUGGGAGUUGUCUGGACCUAGCGAAGUCUUAGUUGAUGUCUCUUCAGCGACAUGCUACAGUAAUCAACGCCAUCCGAUUGACCGCAACCACUCUGAGAUGGUGAAAUACAGCCACGGACACGACGUGUUCUACAGACGUGUCAUCACCGUUACACGAGAAAUACUAAGCACCAAUACGCAGAGCAGAACCGGUGCCAGAAGUCCAGAGACUGAAAUUGAUGAGUGCCUCAGGUCACUUUUCUUUCGAGAACAAGAGUACAGGUACAGCGAUAUUUAUUCCACAAAGAACACCUGUGCGUGGCUUCUCGAGGAUCCACAAUACCGAGCUUGGAUGAACAGUGCGCGAGGUCUUUUCUGGAUCAAAGGGAACCCUGGAACCGGCAAGUCAGUUCUCAUGAAAUUUGCAGUCACAGCUAUGGAUCUCAGAGGGUCCGGAGAAGUCGUUGUGUCCUUCUUCAUACACGGCCGGGGAAACCCUUUGCAGAAGACUCCAUUGGGUGUAUUCCGGGCAUUGCUUAAUUCCAUGCUCAAGUCCUUCCCACAACACCUUUCUCAACUCACUGGACGCUUCAAAGACCGGCAGGCGCGAUUUGGGGCUUAUGAAGAGAACCGAUGGAAUUGGACCGAAAGAGAACUUCAAGAUUUCAUGUCCGAGCUUUUGAUCAAGGGGGCGAAAAAGCAACCUGUGGUAAUCUUUGUCGAUGCCCUUGACGAGUCUGGGGAAGAUGAUGCCACGAGCUUACUGAAGUAUUUCAAAGCCCUCAUGGACGAUAUUGAACGCGAAAAGGCACUGGUCAAAAUUUGCUUCUCUUCGAGACAUUAUCCUAUCCUUGGAUGCGAAACGAUGUCAACAAUCCAUGUGGAGGAGAAAAACGACAAAGACAUCAGGCUAGUCGUUCGAGAACGACUCAGAGAAAUUCAACCGGUAGCAAAGCGGCAACAACUCGAGAAUGAAAUCUUGAUGAAGGCUCACGGAGGGUUCCAAUGGACAAUAUUGGUUGUUGCCGCGAUACUGCAUGGAAGCGCUAUUGGAACUAGCGUCGAGAGUCUGCACAAAAGACUCGCAACGAUCCCGGAAGCUCUUGAUGGGUUGUACGCUAGUAUCUUGAGCGGCGUCGACCCUGUCGAGCAGUACCAAAUGACAAAACUAUUCCAAUGGAUUUUGUUUGCCGCACGACCAUUGUCUUCACACGAGCUCCGAGAAGCGUUUGCCAUCGAUUAUAAGGACAAGAAUUGCACAACUAUUUCGCAACUCAGACACCACGACAACUGGACAGAUACUACGACUCAAUUCGAGAGAAUCGUCACACAUAUCUCCAAAGGUCUCGUGGAAUUCCGAACUCGCGAGAUUUGGGAGCAAUAUGAGCCUGAUGGAGAGGACUGGGACCGGGAAGCUCAGUUCGUCCACCAGUCGGUUGCGGAUUAUGUGCUCGAAAAAUUCAUCCGCCACGAUUCUACUGGUCAAUCUUCCAUUGGAGCUGGUCACUUUGAGAUAUCGAGGUCUUGUCUGAGCUACUUGACUUUGAGAGAAGUCCUACAAGGCGCUCAGCUAUCUUCGGGGAGACUCUCAGCAAGAUUUCCGCUGAUACCAUAUACAGCACAGUUCUUGUUCCACCAUAUUCGGGAAGUUGAACGUGCAGGAAUCCCUCAGGAAGAUCUUCUUGCGCGUAUUCACUGGGGUCGGCAAUCCGAAAUCUUGAAUAACAUCGCGAGCCUAUGGAGAGUGAUGGAUCCUGAUAAUAUUCACGCACCCAAGGGAUGGCCCUUUGUUGGGGCAACAUCCCUUCACGUUUUGGUGGGGUUCGGCUCAGAGAGCUGUUUGGACGCAUUUCUUGUCAAAAAUGAUGCAGAGCUAGAAGUUAGGGAUGCGGAUGGGAACACACCACUACUACUGGCUCUCAGAGAGUGUCGUGAAGACAUGGCCUUACUAUUGCUGGAUCGGUCCAUCGAAUGGCAGCUCCAAGAAGAGGCGUCCAACAUCGAGGUCGCUGAAGAUAACGGCCGAGGGCAGGCAAGGGAUUAUCUUUCUCACCUAGAUUUGAAAAAUCGUGACGGGGAAACGCCCUUAACUGUUGCCGCGACGGUGAAGGCCGGUGAGGUAAUCUUCAAGUUAAUCGAAGCGGGCGCUGAUUUGGAACUCUUCGGGCAUCCGUUCGAGCUCGUAUCAUACGCCAUCCGUCACGGGGACAGAAAGCUUUUUUCAAUACUAUUGAAAAAGGGUGUUAAGCACGACGGAGCUAUCUUUUCUGCGGUGGUGGACCUGCCUAAGAAUGUCGAUCUCGAUGUUCUAAAGGUUUUGUCGGAACUCCUAAAGGCUGGUGGCAACACACGCAAAUCUACGAGCUUCGUUUGGACAUUUGAGGAUGAAGAUGAAUAUGGAGACGAGGACGAAGCGAUGUUUGUGGCGUCGCGAAGAGGUCAGACGGCAAUCGUCAGCCUACUCCUGUCACAUGGCGCUUUAGCGGAUAUACGAGACGAUUGCGAUGAUUUCCCAUUGCUGAUCGCUGCACGCAAUGGCCAUAAGGAAACGGUGGAGGUUCUACUUGAUCACGCACCGCAUAUGGUUGAAAUGGUGGACUACGCCGGGCAGACAGCCUUUGACGAAGCCGUUUCAGAGGGCCAUUUUGAAUGGGCAAUCAUACUUCUGCCCCAACAUAAUGAACUUGUCGCAUCAGAUGAGGCAUUCAAUAUGGCUAUCGAGGCGCGCGAACUAAAAUUAGUGGAAGCAAUUCUAUGCGCGAAAAUCGAGAGAACAGACCUAGGCAAUGAAGGCGAUCGAAUAGGUCGAACACCAUUCUGGUGGGCUAUCCAGGAGGGGCAUGAACAGUUAGUCGCACUGCUUCUCGAGGAGGGUGAGGUUGACGCCGAUGGAAGAGACCACCAUGGCCAAUCGCCAUUGUCAUGGGCUGCCCGUCAGGGGUAUGAAAAUAUAGUCGGAAGGCUUCUCUAUGCGGGGAAGAUUGACGCCGAUGGAAGAGACCACCAUGGCCAAUCGCCAUUGUCAUGGGCUGCCCGUCAGGGGUAUGAAAAUAUAGUCGAAAUGCUUCUCUAUGCGGGGAAGGUUGACGCCGAUGGAAGAGACCACCAUGGCCAAUCGCCAUUGUCAUGGGCUGCUCAAAAGGGGCAUGGAGCGGUAAUCAAAUUGCUUCUCGAUUUGCGGGAGGUUGACGUCGAUUCAAUCGACCAAUAUGGCUAUACGCCACUCUUACGGGCUAUUCAGCAUGGGCACGAGGCGGCGGUUUACUUACUCAUUGGUAGGGGCAAAGCCGACGUCACCAUAGCAGAUGAACAAGGUCGAACGCCACUCUUGUGGGCUACUCAGCAUGGCAAAAAGGAGGUGGUCGAGUUGCUUCUCGACACGGGUAGGGUUGACGUCGAUAAAAAGGAUCGUUAUGGCCAAACACCACUUUUCUGGGCUUCUCAGCAUGGGCUUGAGGCGGUGGUCAAGCUCCUUGUGGACAAGGGUAAGGCCAGCGUUGAUGGAAAAGAUCAAUGUGGUCGAACACCGCUCUUAUUGGCCGCUCAGCAUGGGCACGAGGCGGUGGUCAAGCUUCUUCUUGAUACAGGUAAGGUCGAUGUCGAUGGGAAAGAUCAACACGAUCGGACACCACUCUCAUGGGCUGCUGAGGAGGGGUACGAUAGAAUAGUCAAGCUACUCAUGGAUACAGGCAAGGUUGACGUUGAUAGAAAAGAUCAAUAUGGUCGAACGCCACUCUCAUGGGCUGCGCAGCGAGGGCAAGAGGCGGUUGUCUGGCGGCUCAAGUACUCAUAG